GCAACAGCACUUACAAAAUGGCCAGCCAAACGCAAGGAAUACAGCAACUGUUGGCUGCCGAAAAGCGUGCGGCGGAAAAAGUGGGCGAAGCUAGAAAACGAAAGCAACGACGUUUGAAACAGGCCAAGGAGGAGGCACAGGAAGAAAUCGAACGAUACCGUCAGGAACGCGAGAGACAGUUUAAAGAAUUCGAGGCGAAGCACAUGGGAAGUCGUGAAGGUGUAGCGGCUAAGAUCGAUGCGGAUACUGCCAGUAAGAUUGUCGAGAUGAAUCGUUCGAUUUCGGUUAACAAGGCAGCGCUGCUGAGCGAAAUUCUUACGCUGGUGUACGAUAUCAAGCCGACGGUGCAUAAAAACUUCCAAUACACCAAGUAAGGCGUCUAUGAAAAUGCGGCGAACAAACGAU